GGACUAUAAAUAUUAUUUGUACACGAGGAAAAAAAAAUCCAUAAAAAAACGGGAAAUUUCAUUAACAUUCUUUCUUUCCUUUUAUCCUUCUUUUCAUUCUUUUUAUAUACUUUAAAAUACUAAUUAUAUUUGAUAGUUCAUAAUAUUAUAUUACUAUGAACUUAUCGAUAUCUCCUCUUACACCAUUUCAUCCUACUUCAUCGCGACAAAGAAGAAGAUCGAAUAGUUCAAGUAACAUACUAGCCUCAACUGUAAACGUAAAAGCGGUCCGUUCUCCCAGGAGGAAUGAGAACUUGGACGAUACAUCUGAUAAUAGUACAGAAGAAUAUUUUGAAGAUAAUAAACUUGCUUCUUCAAAUCGUACAAUACCGCGUCCUCCUAGAUUAGCUUUUGACACUCAACAUAAUUUAAGAAUUCCCAUGACGCCCCCUUCAAGACAAGAAUAUAAAGCACAUCACCAAAAUCAUUCACAUAUGUUGUUAUCAUCUUAUAAUAAUAAUAUAAAUAAUAGUCAUCAUGACUAUUAUCACCACAAUUUUUCUAAUGGUUUAUCUGGAAAAGAAUCAAGGACAACAAGUUUUAGUAGUACAAAAAGUAAUAAAAGUACUCAGAGUAUGAAUAAAUCAUUAACCGCUUUCUAUAAUGAACGUAUAGAGAAACGUACAAGUAUGGCUUUUGAUGAUGAGGAAGAUGAUGAUAUUUGUUCUGAUUCUGACUCUGAUACAACUUUAUCCGUUUCUUCUUCAACUUGUGGUGAUGAUGUUCGUGAUAAUAGAAGAAAUAAUCGUAAUAAUCAAUUGGCUAAACAGGUAUCAUUGUUACGAAAGGAAAUAGAUGUUGUAAAAAGUUCUUUAGAAGGUUUACAAAAAGAUCAUAAGGAAAUGUUAAAUGAAAAAAAACAAUUGGAACAACAAUAUCAGGAAACUAGAUAUGAAGUAACGAAAACUUUAGAGUGUAGUACUAAUGAUUUAAUGGAAUAUAAUGAAUUAUUAAAUGCUAAAAUGGAAACAUUAUCUUUAGAAAUGGGUACACGUGACAAUUCGGACUUUUCUCAUUUUUCUGAGGAUAUUAGUAUAAUAAAUAAUUGUAAUGUUGAAUGGCCAAUAGAAUAUACAAAUAUUAUGAACAAUUGUGUACAACAGGCAAAAGAAUUAGAAUAUUUCCAAGUUGAACUGGAAAAAUCUAAACAAGAUUUUCGUUUAUUAUUAAGUUUUAAAGAAGAAAUUGAAAGAACUUUGGAAGAAAAAGAACGUGAAUAUUUAGAGAAACUUCGAGAAUGUGAAGCUGUUGCUAAUUAUCAAGUUGGUACUAUUGAUUCCAUGGAAAAAUUAUUAAAAGAAUUAGAAAUAAAGAUGGAUAAAUUACAGAAUGAACAACGACAAGAACGUACUGGAAAACAUAAACAUAGUUCUUCACAUUUGUCCGCAAGCAGUAUAUUAAGUAAUGGUGAAAAACUUAAAAAGAAACAUGCUCAAAAAUCUUCUGUCGAUAUAAAGAAUGUUUCUUUGCAAAAUAAUUCCUCAAAUGACAAUUCUACUGCUUCUGUGGAAGAUUUAAUACCUUCAUAUUGUUUAUCUCCUCCACAGACACGUCGUCAGUCAUGUACAAAUCCAAUAACAUUAUUUACGGACGAAGAACGAAUUCGACAUCAAACACGUUUUUGUUUAGCAAGUCGAUGGGUUGAAGAUGAUGAGGUAUCAAUAUGUCAACAAGCUGGUUGCAGUGUUAAAUUUAAUUUAUGGAAUCGAAGGCAUCAUUGUCGGAGAUGUGGUAAUAUAUUUUGUAGUACACAUAGCGCCUAUUCCAUGCUACUGUUUCCUGAUGGUAUCGAGGAUUGGGGCGGUGUAUGGUCAAGAGUAUGUGAAAGUUGUUUUAAAGAUUCAAAAUAAGAUUUUUUUUUUAGUUGUAGUUUUCUAAUUUAGGAAUCAUAUGGACUAUAUUUUAAACUAAUACGGAUAAAAUCAUGUCCACUUUGUUUAUUUUUGUAUUAUACUAUAUACAUGUACACUUAUUUUAAAGAAUUAUUAUUUAAUUAUUUUGUUUUUU